UGUGAACGUAUAAAAAUAGCAAUUCGGCGGAUCCAAAACAACCUCUGGCAGUGAAUGGUUUUCAAUGUAUUUUGACCUGAUCUGCAUCUACCUAACAUGUCAUCCACCAUUUUGAUAUUACCAUUUGUUGUUCCCAAGCAGAUAGAAGAGCAGUGAUCCCCAGUUAUAAUACUACAUUUCAACCCUAGCAUCUUGGUAAGCAUCCGAACUUUUGACAUUUCCAUGUGCUGGUCCUUCUUCUAAUAAGUUUUAAAAUAGGGAAGCAUUCUGCCCAUAAGCAGCCACAAACCCAUGAAAGACUUCUGCAUUGAUCAAAGAGAAAAUAAGUAUAUUGUACUUCUAGUGUGCCAUCCUCAUCUGGUUCCUGCAUAUUCGAGAUCUGGAGUUUAGCUCUGCUCCAAGCAAAGCCAUGGCCUCCAAACAGGUGGUGUAUAUGAAUCAAGGACAAGGUGAAACAAGCUAUGCACGCAACUCCCGUAUUCAGAAUGCUGAGCAGAAGAGGUUGAAGCCGAUGAUAGAAGAAGCCAUUGCUGAUUUAUGCGGCACCACAAGCACCUGCGCCUUAUUGUCAACGAAGAUUGUGGUUGCCGACCUUGGGUGCUCCUCUGGUCCAAAUGCGCUAGCAUUGGUGUUGAUCGCCAUCGACGCCAUCCACAGUCACUGCCUCCAGUUCUUACAGCCACCUCCAGAAGUGUGUGUGCUUCUCAACGACUUGCCUGAUAAUGACUUCAACACCGUGGUGAAGAGCCUGGUCGCGCUCCGUCAAAGUAACAACGAGCCUAUAGUCCUCACUGGUGUCGUACCGGGGUCGUUUUAUGAGAGGCUCUUCACUAGUGGUUCCUUGCAUCUUGUCUGCUCAUCCAACAGCCUGCAUUGGCUCUCAAAGGCCCCCGAAGAUCUAACAAGGAACCAGAUCCCGGUGUAUGACAUUGAUGAGCACACUAGGCUUGAAAGGCGCCCUAUGGUCAUUGAGGCUUAUGCACAACAGUUCAGGAAGGACUUCACAUGUUUCCUGGAGCUCAGAGCCAAAGAAUUGAUGCCAGGAGGCCGGAUGGUCGUUUCCCUUGUUGGGAGGGACUCCGGUGUAAUCGCCCCUGAAUUCUCUCACAUGUGGGAAUUCAUUGCUCAGAUUCUAAGCGUAAUGGUCUCAGAGGGUGCGAUCAACAAAGCGAAAUUUGAUACUUUCUACGUGCCGUUCUAUGAACCUUCCGACAAAGAGCUGAGGGAGAUCAUUCAAGACGAGGGCUCUUUUUCAAUUAGUGAGAUGCGGGUGCACGGCCCUCAAAGCGGGCCGCUUGACAGCGCACUCAUGGUGCCAAGCAGGUUUGUGAAUAUGACGAGAGCCGUAUUCGAGCCGGUAAUAGUCCUGCAUUUUGGAGAAGUCAUGGAUGAAUUCGUGAGGACCUUGGAGCGGCGUUGGAGUGUGGAGGGCAUCAUGCAAGACGACUUUGCCAGAAGCCCACGACCGUGGGUGGCUGUAUCCCUCAAAAAGGCAUGACCUGCAGGUUGGGCAGGUCUCUGUUCACGUGAGGUUUCCUGAUCAGGAUGUUCAAGCAGGUGUAGCUCAAGUGUAUCAGGUGGUGCACAAGCUGGAAGAGGCUUAGAGGUGAAGUCCACGCCGCCUUUUGAUGUGCCAGCGGCUCGGUAUGUUCUUCAAGUCUGGGCUCAUCAAUUGGCGUUUUGGUUUCUUACCUUUUGUCUCUGUAGUGUGUUCUCUUAUAACUUAUAAGC